UGGCACCAAUCAACACUAUGUCGUUUGUUUUUCUUGCAUACAUACGAUAUAUAGGUUAUUUUCACAAAGCCGCAAUCAAUUGUUAUAAACCUAAACGUUAAUAUUUGUUUAUUCAUAAAACACACAUAGAAGGAUAACAUUAUUUUGUUUUAUGUGAUUUCGUUGCAAAUCAACGAGAUUAUAACCUAAUCUCUUUGUUGCAAAUACUUUUCACAUAUAUUAAAUAUCAACCAGCAAGAUAAAUUUUUACUUUUCAUGCCAGUUUCAUACACAAAUUAGUAAUUAUUAGUGUAUAAUGUACGGACAUUUCAUUUUUCUUUAGAAUGCUAAACUAAGAUGCAUUCAUACAACAUUUAUAAGCGAGGGAAAAGAUGUGCAUUGUUUUGCACAUAACCUACCAAACUUGUAUACGAAAACACAGUUUGUAUGUAUAAAAAAUAUGAAACUAUGAGAGCAUAAGUUUGGUAAUAGUUCAGUUUAAUUACUACACGAUUAUUAUUAAUAUGUACAAAAUGUCUGGGAAAAGAAAACCAGAUACACAAGUACCAGCUGAAGAAAGUGACUUAUUGUCGAUUAGACCACUUGGUGCUGGCCAAGAAGUAGGAAGAUCAUGUAUUAUGUUGGAAUUCAAAGGAAAGAAAAUUAUGUUAGAUUGUGGUAUUCAUCCUGGUUUAUCUGGAAUGGAUGCAUUACCAUUUGUAGAUUUAGUAGAAGCGGAUGAAAUUGAUUUACUAUUAAUUUCUCAUUUUCAUUUGGACCAUUGUGGAGCCUUACCAUGGUUUUUACAGAAAACCAGUUUUAAAGGGCGAUGUUUCAUGACACAUGCCACCAAAGCCAUUUAUCGUUGGCUAUUAUCCGAUUACAUCAAAGUAAGCAAUAUUGCAACAGAGCAAAUGUUAUAUACUGAAUCAGAUCUUGAAACCAGUAUGGAUAAAAUAGAAACAAUUAAUUUUCACGAAGAAAAAGAUGUAUUUGGAAUCAAAUUUUGGGCCUAUAAUGCUGGACAUGUAUUAGGUGCUGCUAUGUUUAUGAUAGAGAUAGCUGGUGUUAAAAUUUUGUACACUGGAGACUUCAGUCGACAAGAAGAUAGACAUUUAAUGGCUGCUGAAAUUCCAAAUAUUCAUCCAGAUGUUUUAAUUACUGAGUCUACUUAUGGUACACAUAUACAUGAGAAAAGAGAAGAUCGUGAAGGAAGAUUUACAAAUCUAGUUCAUGAAAUUGUUAAUAGAGGUGGACGAUGCUUGAUACCUGUGUUUGCAUUAGGCAGAGCACAAGAACUUUUGCUUAUUUUAGAUGAGUAUUGGAGUCAGCAUCCUGAACUUCAUGAAAUUCCUAUAUAUUAUGCCUCUUCAUUAGCAAAGAAGUGUAUGGCAGUCUACCAAACUUAUGUGAAUGCUAUGAAUGAUAAAAUAAGAAGACAGAUAGCCAUCAAUAAUCCUUUUGUCUUUAAACAUAUUUCAAAUUUAAAAGGGAUCGACCAUUUUGAAGACAUUGGACCAUGUGUAGUGAUGGCUUCCCCUGGUAUGAUGCAAAGUGGUUUGUCAAGAGAAUUGUUUGAAUCGUGGUGUACUGAUGCCAAAAAUGGAGUAAUAAUAGCUGGUUAUUGUGUAGAAGGAACAUUAGCUAAAACUAUUUUAUCAGAGCCUGAAGAGAUUACAACUAUGUCUGGACAAAAGUUACCAUUAAAAAUGUCUGUCGACUAUAUAUCAUUCUCAGCACAUACAGAUUAUCAACAGACUUCAGAAUUCAUACGUAUUUUGAAACCACCACAUGUUGUACUCGUACAUGGAGAACAGAAUGAAAUGGGAAGAUUGAAAGCUGCUUUACAACGUGAAUAUGAAGAUGAUCCUAGUACAACAAUGGAGAUACAUAAUCCCAGAAAUACAGUUGCUGUUGAGUUAUAUUUCAGAGGAGAAAAGACUGCCAAAGUAAUGGGAACAUUGGCAAUGGAAACACCGAAACCAGGACAGAUAUUAUCUGGAGUUUUAGUUAAAAGGAAUUUCAAUUAUCACAUGCUGGCACCUUGCGACUUAUCAAAAUAUACCGAUAUGAGUAUGAGUCAAGUUAUUCAAAGGCAAAGUGUGUAUUUUUCAGCAUCGUUGCCAGUAUUAAAACACCUUCUGAUUCAAAUUGCUGGAAAUUUAGAAAUAGUAGAUGAUAAAAAGUUACGCGUUUUUAAAAAUGUUGAUGUAACAAUUGAUGGAAAAAUUGUGACUAUGGAAUGGAUUGCAACACCUGUAAAUGAUAUGUAUGCAGAUUCUGUUUUGACUGCGAUACUACAAGCUGAAAUGAUGGAUCAACCACCCAAAGUAUUACCAGCACCUACAAAAAUGGAUCGCAUGCAUUUCAAGGAGUGUUUGAUAGAAAUGCUUCAAGAAAUGUUUGGUGAAGAUUCUGUACCUAAAAUUUUUAAAGGAGAAAAGCUAUAUGUGACUGUUGAUGGAAAAAAAGCACACAUAGAUUUACUGAAUUUAGAAGUAACUAGCAAAGAAGAUGAAACUUUCCAACAAAUAGUACAAACAGCAGUAACAAAAUUACAUCAAUCGCUAGCACCACCUUGUGAUACAAUUUGAAAAGC